AUGGCGCCACCGCCGCUAGCCACGGUGGCGGCGGCCGAGGAGUUCCUGGAGGUGCGCUGCGCGGGGUGCGAGGAGACGUUGGAGGUGGAACGGGGGCUGACGGAGUUCGUCUGCCCCGACUGCGCCACGGCGCAGUCGCUCCCUCCGGAGCUCAUGCCGCGGCCCCGGCGGAGGGCGCUGCCCCUGCCGCGAGGCGCCGCGGGUGCGCGCGGGGCCAGGCUUCCGUGCGGCGCCUGCGGCGAGCUCCUCAGCGUGCCGGUCGGGCUAUCGCGCUGCGCAUGCCCGCUCUGCGGCGCCGAGCUGGCCAUUGACUCCACGCGCCUGCGGAACUACAUCCUCUCCUCCGCCGAGGCGGCCGUCGUGCCGCUCGCCGCCGCGUCUGUCCCACCGAUUGUUGCCGCUCGGGAGAAAUGGCAAGAGCGUCCUAGUUAUGCAAUGCGUGCAGGGCUACCACGAACAGAACCUGAUGAACAACAGGGGUAUACUGAUCAUAUCAUUGAUGGAGAACAAAUACAUAUGGCAAAUGAGACUGUUGCAAAUAAUAGCCUUCAGAGAAAUCGACCGCCCCUUGGCUGUCGUAUUGUAGGCAAUGAGGAGAGACAAGCUUUGCCUCUAAAUGAGGCCAGAGAUCAUGUAAAUGAUCAUCACCCUAGUUACACUAUGCAGCCAAAGCGAGCGCAGCUGGCACACUUGCAUCGAGUCACUCAUUCAGAGGACACGCAGGAUGGACUUCUCAGCCAUGAAAUUUAUGGAGAUGCGAGACAUACUGAACUGAUAGAUGAGGCUACUGCAACUCGUAGUAACCAGAGAGUCGGAUGCUCCGUUAGCCCCCAAACUGUAAGUACAGGGGAGAGGCAUACGGAGACUCCUGCUCAGAUCAUACAGCAGGCACACAAACAGCCUUUUCAUGAGAGUCAUGCAGAAGGCAGUCGGUUAUACUGUCUGGAUCUUGAUGGGGUGGUUCAUCCACCUGUCAACCAAGAAAAACACGGAGAAGAGGCAUCUACUGAGAUGAUCAAUAAAACAGUUUCGAGGGAGAGCAUUCGGCCAACUGGAUGCGCUGUUGAACCCAACUCUGUUAAUGCAGAGAAGAGAAAGGCAUCGACCACAAAUCAGGCAAUUUGUGGGCAUACCGAUCCUGCAACUAAUAGAGAAGCCAUGUGCUCUCUUCCUAUAAAGGAGACUACUGCAUCGUGUAGUAGCAAGCAGAAAAAAUCAAAGUUAGCUAAUGCUAAGGCUAUUGGCAAGAAGAGACAUACAGAACCACUGAACCACAUUGUACAGCAGGCAGAAGGACAGACCUCUGAUAGCCGUAUUCAUGGAACUCAUGUCGACUUUGAGCGUCAAAGUAAGGCUAAUGAGAGGCCUGGCAACACCUCGACUCUUAAGGAGAGGAAACAGGUUACACCUCCGAAUAAGCUGGCUGAUCUAAAACAGAAAAAUGUACGCACUAAUGAUGAAACCCAGAAGGAGCAGAUUAAAGUUAUUGUUUCCAAGCAGACUAGUGGUUGGACUCAGAAGAAGAAUAGAAAAGGCUCAAUAGCUUCAUCAAAUGCAGGGCUUCAGCUUAGGCGUAGUAAACGUUUGGCUAAAGAUUCAGCUGCUGCUAUAGAAAAUGAACCUCUAGAAAGUGACCCUGGUGGGCUGCAGGAUUUUGGUCCUAAUGUCCAAGUGCCAGCAGAUGCUAUGGAUGACGAAUCAAUUGAAUGGGAGCCUCUUCAGCAGCGUCCUGCCUUUCCAGAUUGUGAAGUGUCAGUUGCCAUGACAGACACUGAAUCUGUAGAAAGUGAGAACGAUGAUGCUGUAUCUCCAGAUGAAAGCAUGUCUGAUUCUGACUAUCCAGACACUGAUAGAAUGAGCGCUGGUCUUUACCCUAGCACACCGUCUGCGCAUAAGUUGCCUCAAGAAAUCUCUGAUGAACUAGAUGACCUUGAUUUAACAACAGCUCCUUCAAAUACUGAUAUGUCUGACCUUGAGCAUUUCGCGCGGAAUUAUUGUCGGUUAUUACCUCUAGAAGUCAGAAGGGCCCUUGCCAAGAAGAAAUAUAAUGUGUUUCAUGACCGUCUGAUAUCUGAGGGUUCCAAUAAGGUAUCCCUGCACGAUAUAACUGAUUCCGAGGAGCAGCAACAAGGUAAAAAGGGACACAAAGCAGGAGGUAAUCUUUGUGUCAAAAUGUGGACCUUGCCUGAGGGUGUACGGGUACCAGUCUCCUUGAACACUUCGGGCCUGCCAAUUGGAGAAAAUGCAAACAUGUUGAUUAACUUUCUAGGCGCACUAGCACGAGACGGAAUAUUGGCACCUCUCAAGUAUAUAAGUUGGAAAAAUAUUCCAAAGGAGAACAAGGAUGUUAUGUGGCACAUUGUUAAGCUUAAAUUUGAUGUUGAUCCACCUCACGAGUUGUCGGUCCUGAGGUCGAUAAGGAACAAGUGGCGGGUUUGGAAAUCUUAUUUAAAACGGAAACACUAUGAUUCUCAUACAACUGAAGAUGAACGCCUUGCUGAUCGUGAUCCUCGUGUCUCAAAAGAGCAAUGGCAAGUCCUUGUUGCAUAUUGGAAUACCGAAAAGGCAAAGGCGAGAAGUGCUGCAUCUAAAGCUUCUCGAGCCAAAUCAACCUAUGUCAAUAAAACCGGAUCCAAGAGCUUUGCACGGAUGCAUCAGGAAGAGUCACGAUCCGGUGACCCAUCUCUUGAGAAUCCAGAAGGGCCAGGAGAUGACUAUGCAACUGCCAUGGGUGCAAAAAGGAGGGCAAAUGCACACAGGAAUACACCUGGGCGCUCCCCCAAAGACCUGCAAGAAAGGUCAGACCCGCAGGCUGUGAGGGCCAAAAGAAAGGCUGGAGAUGAAGUCUCCACACUGAGAAAGAAGGUGCUAGUAACAGUGGAAAGUCGCCCCAAAAACUCCCAGGAAAGUGCAGCCUUGGAAGCUGCGAGGGAUAAAAGAAGGGCUGAAGAUGAGGCAGCCGCUCUAAGGAAGAAGGUGAUAGCGAUGGAGGAAAGUCAGAGAAAGCUGCAGGAGGACUUGGCAAGAGUGACGAAUGCAAUGAGUGCUAUGCAGAAGAUGAUGGCAACUGGUGGGUUACCAAAUUGA